AGUAAUAAUCGAUGGUUCAAAUAUCUUUUGGAAGUCAAUGAUCAAUGUCAUAAAUAUUCAAAAUCUGGAUGUAGUAUCUUUGUUCGAGAGGAAACUAAUUCUUUACAAAUUUUGCUGCAAUAUUUAAGAUCUCCUGAUGAAAUUAAUAAAAAUAGUGUUUAUUUGGCACUUAAAGUGACAGGGAUGGAAAAUGAAGUUGAAUAUUAUAAUAAAAGAGAAGAUAAUGACUUUUUAAAAAGUAUAACAGGUGCUGAUUUAAUUGGAGGUGUAAAUCAAGAAGAAUUGUGA